UCCAGCAUGUUUGGCUUCCACAAAUCGAAGAUCUACCGGAGUAAUGAAGGCUGCUGCAUCUGCAAGACCAAGUCGUCCAGUUCUCGCUUCACAGACAGCAGUCGAUAUGAGGAGACUUUCAGGCUCUGUUUUGGGCUGUUAGAAGAUCGUGUUGGCGACAUCUGUAACGCCUGUGUGCUGCUGGUGAAGAGAUGGAAAAAACUACCGCAUGGCUCCAAGAAGAACUGGAACCAUGUUGUUGAUGCCCGAGCCGGACCCGGCUUCAAGCUGACCAAACCCAAGAAGAUCAGAAACAGUGAUGGGAAGAAGAAGAGCAAGCUGAAGAAGCUUCACAAGCUGAAGAGACAAACAGACUCCGAUGCCCUCAGCACCACCUCCAGCAUGUCUCCAUCCCGGUCCCCCAGCUACAGCAACCAGUCCGAUGAUGGCUCAGACAUCGAGUCCAAGCAGAGACGCUCCACGUUCUCCUCCUUCUCGUUUCUUGACCGUUCAUACUGGAAAAGGCAGAAGAUUUGCUGUGGGAUGGUCUACAAGGGACGGUUUGGGGAAGUGAUCAUUGAUCCUCGAUUUUUCAAGCCCUGCUGCAGCUCUAAGAAACAGAAGGCACUGGUGUCCACACCCGUGGGUGCACACCCAUCACCCCUCCCCCAGGAGCUGAAAGAAACCUGGUGA